UCAGAAGAAGAAGCUCGACAUUUUCUGCUCCUGCCCACAACCGCGUAACCGAUUCUAAAAGCCGGAGAAAUCAUACGCGUCACCGUGAGUGCACAGUGGAGUGCAUACCCCCGGCACUCCAGAAAUCUGAUUAGCUACGAGCCUACGAUGCGGACGUACAAACACAAUAGCAGUUACUGUAAUUCACUCGUUUUUUUCUUCUUCCCAUAAAUCCCACCUCUGGCUCUUCAUAUCCUUCAAAUCUUCCAAAUUAGGGUUCCUUUUGGGUUCUCUCCAAUUUGUGAAUCCCCAAAACCUGGCUUCGAACUUGGUUGGCUUUGCUUAGAUCUGGCUCGUCUGUUCAAAUUGUAGAGAAAAUCGAAGGCUAUUUGAUUCUUGAGCUAUUACAACAAGAAGUAGGGUCUGAUGGAGGUGAUCGGGGACGCGCUUCGCCGGGCGUUCAUGCCGAAGCACGAGUACGAGACCCUGCGGGAAGAGGACAGGGCGUGGGGCAAGCUUCAGAGGCCGCUCGUAACGGCUUUCGUGGCCUUCAUUUUGCUCCUGGUGAUUAUAUGCACGACUAUCAGUUUGAACAUUGUUUACCCUGGCGACAAUGGGAAGAGGCCGUUUUGCAGCGACGAGAGGCUUCAGCCUCUGUCUUUGAACUCCAAAGGGGGUGGAGGAGGAGAUUUUGAUCUGUUUCCGGGCGCGUAUUAUCUGACCGACCAGGAGACUGUGGAUUACUACUUGAUGGUUGUGUUCUUUCCCUCCGUGCUCAUUUUCUUGCUCUCGGCUCUCUAUCUUGUUGCAGGAAUCAUUGUUGCUUAUGCUGCUCCAAAAAGACAUGAGUGCUUGAAGGUGGUCGAAAAUAAUUACUGUGCUUCAAAAAGAGGUGGGGUUCGUUGUCUGUCUGUGUUGAAUAUCAUCUUUGCCAUCAUCUUUGGCCUUCUCGCGUUAUUUCUUGGAUCAACCCUCCUCACAUUAGGGAACAGCUGCUCUGUACCCCUAUUUUGGUGCUAUGAGAUCUUGUCAUGGGGACUGGUUAUUCUAUAUGGGGGAACUGCAUUCUUCCUAAGAAGGAAAGCAGCUGUGAUUCUUGAUGAGGGAGACUUUAGCGGUCGAAACCUUGGGCUGGAAAUGUUGGAAGCGAAUCCCUUGGAAGUCACACCAGACGUGGAAAGGCGUGUUAAUGAAGGGUUUAAGGUAUGGAUGGGGUCAUCCCUCCUAUCCUCUGACGAAGAAGAUGAACCUAACAGUUACCAGGAAGCGCCUCAUGCUAAUCAUACCGGUGCUAACAGCCAAAGAGUGUGAUCUUCAAGUUAUGCGUUCAGAAAUCAGAAUAACACAUCUUCCUUGCAAUUUCUUAAUGACUUAAGCACUGGGAAUGGAUGGAGUUUUGGAUUAUUGAAUGCACAAACUUCUUGAUAGUUCAACUGAUGUCAUGCAACGAGUGGAUGGAGCUAUUUGGCUGGGGAUGAAGUCCACUGUAUAAGGUCUCAUUUCAUUUGUCGUCUUAGGUAAUGUAGCUUGUGAAUAACUAACGAAUUUUUCUCUUUUUUCUUCGCUUUUUGGGAGGAGGGCGAGAGAGGAAAAAGAAAAGCAAGAAUUAGUAGUUACUCUUGCUGAGUUUUGUAUCCAGUAUGGAAGUCCGCUGAUUACUGAUAAAUACUUGUGAACUUGAUAUACUUGUUUUUCUGUCUCAACAUUCUCAGAACAAAUAGUAUUGUCAUCUCAGAAAUGUGGCUUGGUUAUCAA